CUCGUAUUAAAAACAUUCAACAUGAGCAUUCAAGGAUUCUUUGGAUUGAAGGUUGCCCCUGGUAAGGUGUACAGUCAAAUUGCUGAAAACUCAUUCCGUCUCACAAUGGCCUCUCUUGCUGAAAACACAAAGAAUAACAACCGUACUAGUCUCACCAUUAAGGUCGAUGAACGUGAUUUUGUUUUGUGCUCUUUGACUCCUGGAAAAGUUGAUCAACAAUUAUUGGAUUUGAUUAUUGUGAAGGGUGAAGAAGUUGCUUUCUCUGUUCAAGGUCAAGGCACUAUUCACUUGACUGGCAAUUACUUGUUUGAAGGCGAAGGUGACGAAGAUGAAGAGGAUGAAGAUAUCAACAGUGACGAAUUGGACAGUGAUGAAGCCGAUCUCAUGCUUGAAGACGAUGAAGAAGACGAAGAUGAAGAUGAAGAAGAAGAUAUGGAUGAUGAAGCUCUUUUGGAAAAUAUGCCCGAAGGUAUUGAUCGUGAAAAAGUCCUUGCCUACUUGAACGGUGAAAUUGACUCUGAUGAUAUGGGUUCUGACUCUGAAGAAGAACUUGACGAAUCUCGCAUCCAAGAAAUUGUAGAUGAAGAAGAAGGAGAAGAAGAGGAAGAAGAAGAAGAAGAAGAGGAAGAAGAAGAAGAAGAAGAAGAAGAAGAAGAAGAAGAAGAAGAAGAAGAACCUGCCAAGCCAUUGACCAAGCAAGAAAAGAAACGCGCUGCCGCUGCUGAAAAGGAAACCGCCUCCAAGAAACAAAAGACGGAAGAAAAGAAGUCCAAGGCCGAAGAAAAGAAGCCCAAACAACAAGAAAAGAAACCCAAGGCUGAAGAAAAGAAACCCAAAGCUGAAGAAAAGAAGCCCAAGGUCGAAGAAAAGAAGCCCAAGCAACAAGAAAAGAAGGUGACCAAGAUGCCUAAUGGUUUGAUUAUUGAAGAUGUUAAGAUUGGUGAAGGUGCCAAUGUUAAAAACGGUGCUCGAAUUGGCAUGCGAUAUAUUGGUAAAUUGACCAACGGAAAGGUAUUCGAUAAGAACACUUCUGGCAAGCCUUUCAACUUUGUUCUCGGUCGUGGUGAAGUGAUCAAGGGUUGGGAUCAAGGUAUUCUUGGAAUGAAGUUAGGUGGUGAACGUAAGUUGACCAUUCCUGCACCCUUGGCUUAUGGUCGUCGUGGAGCUGGAAAAGACAUCCCACCUAACGCUACCUUGGUAUUUGAAAUCAAGUUGGUAUCAAUGAAAUAGAUAGAUUACAUUUCAAUUUAUGUCUACAUACUAUUGUUUAUUUCUUUCAUUAUUCUUUUAUCACUUUUUCUUAGAUAGCUUUUUUUUUUUUUUUUUGUCAUCAUUCUUUAUCAUCAUUUAUCAUACUUUUUUAUUUUUAUUUCUACAACGCAAUAAAGUAUUUGAUUGUACCAGU